CUCGUGGGGGCAGCAGUGUGAAUUAAGAGACGCAGUCUGCUGAGAAUUGAAAAGAAGUAGAAGAAGCAACCCCGUUAAACCUCGUGAAGCGGGAACUGAUAACUCACCGCUAUGGACUGGGCUCAGAGUGAGCUGCCGUCUCCGGUGGUUCGAGACGACGAGGUAACGGUUGCUGCCCGCAGGAGGAGGAAGAAAGUGGCCUUCCCAUCACCCGGUAGCGGCAGCCCUGUCAUUUCCACAGUGACACCAGCUCGGCCCUUGCUGAGGAACACACCUGCUUCACUCUUCAGACAAGCAGUUACUCCCAGAGUUCCAGAUGUUUCAUCCAUUUUGGCCCCAGGAGGUCGAACGCCUCGAUACACACACACGCCCAGAAACGCACUCAGCAGUCUGAAUCUGGACGACAGUGAUUGGACUAACAGCAUGUACACGUCGCCUGUUUCGGGUCUGGAGAACACGAGUUUCUUCAGAGAAGAUAUCGGGAACCUCAGCUCAGCUCUCCUAAAGGAGGAUGACCCAGGAGAGGCUGCCGCUGCCAGUCUUUUCCCUGAGUUCCUUGGGGCUUUUCUGAAACACUCUUCCUCGGCUGUGUUUGAGCUACUGGAUGACUAUCAGGCGCUCUGCCAGGAUAAGGUGGAUGUGCUGCAGUCUGUGGUGCUCAGAGCGGGUCAGAAUAGUAAAACAGCCGGCGUCCGUUGGCUGCUGCAGCAGGAGAACUGCACAUGGAGGCUCAUCGCCUCGCUCUACAGAGAUCGGGUCCAGUUGGCGCUGGAGGAUGACCUCAUGACGGACAUGGUUGUGCCCAGUGAGAGCGAGAAGGUUGUAGUGGAGCAGCUUUUCCAGAGAGAUGCCGUCAUACGACAGAGCCAGCUGGUUGUUGAUUGGCUGGAGAGCAUCGCCAAGGAUCAGAUUGGAGAUUUCUCUGAUAACAUUGAAUACUACGCCAAAAAUGUGUGCUGGGAGAAUACUCUCCAUGCGCUGAAGAUGAGGAGGAAGAGCGGCACCACCUUCACAGUCCCUCUGGUCACUGAGCUGGACCCAGACGCCCCCCUCCGGCAGCAGCGCCCCCUGGCUGACCUGGACAGAGAGGAUGACGCCCGGCUGCUGAAGAACCUGUUCACGCUGAUCAGAGCGGGGAUGACCGAGGAGGCUCAGCGGCUGUGCAAACGCUGUGGUCAGGCCUGGAGAGCAGCAACUCUGGAAGGCUGGAAACUCUACCAUGACCCCAACAUGACCUCAGGUGGUAUCGAGUUGCAGCCAGUUGAAGGAAACCCACAAAGAGGCAUAUGGAAGGCCUGCUGCUGGAGAAUGGCCGAGGAGGAGCAGUUAAACAGAUAUGAGAGGGCGAUCUACGCCAGCCUGAGUGGGAACCUCAGACCGCUGCUGGCAGUGUGUGAAUCGUGGGAGGACUGCGUGUGGGCAUAUUUCCGUGUGAUGGUUGACUCACUGGUUGAGAAGGAUCUCAUGUCUUCGGGUAUGGCUCAUCACGAGGUGGAGACGUUACCGCGGGAGUACCUGGAGGCCAACUGGACCAUGGAGAAAGUGUUUGAGGAGCUUCAAUCAUCCGAGUCGAAGAGGGUGCUGGAGGAGACGAGAGAGCAUUAUCACGUCAUCCAGAAGUUUGUCAUCCUGGGAGACCUGGACGGCUUGUUGGAGGAGUUUUCCGAUUGGCUAACCGCCUCUAAGCCCCUCCCCUCGCACCUGCUGCGCUUCAUGACUCACCUUGUGCUGUUCUUCCGCUCUCUGGGUUUGGCACUAAAGGAGGAGGUGUGCGUUGAUGUGGUGAAGACGUACGUCUCCCUUCUGAUCCAAGAUCAGCAGACAGACCUUGUGGCAAGCUACGUCGGCCAGCUUCCCGCUGAUCUUGCAACCUCUCAAUAUGCCGCCUUCCUGGAGACCGUCACCCAGCCGGAACUCCGCCCCCGCUGCCUGCAGCUCGCCACCGAAGCGGGUCUGGAUGUUUCUGCCAUAACCAAGCUGGUGGUGGAGACUGUGAGAGAGACAGACGACACAGAGUUCACGCACCACAGCCAGACGCUGGAGACGGGAACUACAAAGGAGGACCAAAGGAAGAUUGAUGUCAUUGAUUGGCUCCUCUAUGACCCUGCCCACCGAGCUGAGGCCCUGAAGCAGUCAAAUGCCAUCAUGAGGAAGUUUUUGGCUCUGCAGAAACAUGACGCAGCCAAGGCGGUGUUUUCUAAAGUCCCGGAAGACUCGAUGAGGGAGAUCUGCUCCCAGUGGUCAGGAAUCAGUCAGACCACACCACUUCCUGCUGAGGAUGAGAAUGCCAUCAGAGAACACCUGUGCAUCAGAGCCUACCUGGAGGCCCACGAGGCAUUCACUGACUGGUUCAGACACAGCAGUUCAGCCCCACAGAAGCCGGCACCGGCACCCGAGGCCAAAUUCACAGAGAGGGUAGCCAAUGAGAUGAGGGAAAAGGAGUACCAGGCCUCGCUGUCCGCCUGGUCCUGCCGUUUGGAUGCUUUGACGGAAGAUGUGAAAGAGAGAAUCUACAAUGUUCUGCUGUUCGUGGACGGAGGCUGGAUGGUCGACAACAGACAGGAUUCGGAGCCAGACUCAGAGCGCAGCCACCAAAUGGCGGCUUUGCGCUCUCUGUGUCUUCCACGUCUUAGCUUCCUGCUGCUCAGCGUGCUGCAGAGCUCCUCGAGACACCAGGAGGCGCUGCGGCUUGCUGACAUCAUCUCGUCUGACCAGCACCGCCUCUACCAGGUGUUCUCUAAGGAGGAACUGAGGAGGUUUCUGCAGAAACUGAGGGAGUCGUCUCUCGCUCUGUUGGACCGAGGAGUCGACCCGCUGGGCUAUGAACUGCAGUCAUGAACGAAGAAACACACACACAUAGCAGUGUUUGAAGCGCUGUUGAUUUUUGUUUUGUUUUGUUUUUCGAUUGUCUGUUUUUUGCAAAAUAAAAAAAAUAAAAGCCUGUUUCCUGUAGUGCCUUGUGUAUUUUAAUUAGAAGCAGGUCCCAGUACACGAGCUGGCACAGGUGCCAGUUUGGGUUUUUGUCAAUGGAAAAUUGUACUUAG